AUGUCAAUGAAUGUCCACAUGAAGAACAUCAAGUUCACCGUCAAGGGCAAACCACCAGUGUCCAUGGAUCACCUGACCAUCAGAGGCAACAACGUUCGGUAUGUUAUUCUCCCGGACAGUAUUCCUUUGGACACCUUGCUGGUUGAUGAUGCGAAGCGUUUGCCAAAGGCGCGAACCCUGCCCCAUUCAUUCUAUAGAUAUAGAUGGAAAAUCUCCUUCUUAAUAUCCCUUGUAAACCACCGGAACCUGGGAACCGCUUUUUGGGGUGCUUUUAAAAGGUACCCGCUGUUUUAG